GCAUGUGGAUGAGGGAAAAACCCACCUGCAGUCGGUGACGUGUGAGUGAAGCUCCAUGAUGUGAUGACAUCAGAGAUGUAGUGGUGUAGUGGUGUGGAGGUGGAGAUGCAGACCGUGAUGGAGUUUAUAUCCACGCAGCUCGGCACUGUACAGUGUGACGGGAAUGUGAACCCUGGACACGGUCAUGCGCUCUGCUCGGAUCACUUCUGCAGCUUUUUGGAGAACAAUCUCAGCUUAAACAUGACCGACUCGGUGCUGAGCGCGCACGCGAACGCGUCGGCGGUGUUCCUGAGCACUCCGACGGCUCCCCCGACGCCUACGACGACGCCGCGCGUCUUGCGCCUGGACUCUCGUUCGCUGGUCAUCUCGGCCACGAUGUUCGCUGUAGGUGUGCUCGGGAACCUGGUGGCCGUGGCCGUGCUGUGCGUGUCCAAGAGGGAGCAAAAGGAGACGACGUUUUACACGCUGGUGUGCGGCAUGGCGGUGACGGACCUCCUGGGGACGUGCUUCACGAGCCCCGUGGUGAUCGCGACGUACGUUGCGGGUCGGUGGCCUGGCGGCGUGCCGCUCUGCCACUUCUUCUCCUUCUCCAUGCUGUUCUUCGGCUCGGCCGGGAUGUCCAUCUUGUGCGCCAUGGCCGUGGAGCGCUACCUCGCGAUCAGCCACGCGUUCUUCUACUCGCAGCACGUGGACCGUAACGUGGCGCGGCUCGCCUUGCUCGCGGUCUACAUGGUGAACGGGGUGCUGUGCGCGAUGCCCAGUUUCGGGUUCGGGCGUCACGCCAAGCACGUCCCGGGAACGUGGUGCUUCCUGGACUGGCGCGCGUUGGACGCGCGUGGAGCCGCGUACUCGUUCCUGUACGGCGGCUUCGUGCUGCUGCUGAUCGCCGUCACGGUGCUGUGUAACUGCGCCGUGUGCCGCUCGCUGGUCGGCAUGAGGAAGAAGACCCGCGUCGUCGCCGCAGCGGCCAGAGCCGAGGCGCACACCGGGCACAUGGGAUCCAGACGCGCCUUCCGCAAAUUGCCCGCAGUCGCCUCGGCGGCCGAGAUCCAGAUGUUCUGGCUUCUGAUUUUCAUGACCAUCGUGUUCCUGAUCUGCUCCAUCCCUCUGGUGGUGCGCAUCUUUGUCAAUCAGCUCUACGGCCCUGCGUAUAUCGCCGCAGGCGUACAGCCAGAUUACCGCAGCGAUCUUCUCGCCAUCCGGUUUGCGUCCUUCAACCCGAUCCUGGACCCGUGGGUGUACAUCCUGUGCAGGAAGAACCUGUUUAGCAAAUGCUGCGAGUGGAUCAAGCGCACCAUGGACCUGAGCAGAGAAAGUCCUGCACGGAGAUCCGGCUGGGUGCUCGGGCAGAACUCACCGGCGUCACUCGUUCACAGCAACGCCACCAGUUACGCCUCGCUGCAUGCAGCCUCGUGCAGAAACGCCGUAGUGAAACUGAACACCGUAACGGCAAAAUCAUACGUCGACUUGAGCGUGCGGCAGGCCUGGGACCUGGACACGGCGGUGGACGACUUUCAUCCGUUCAGCGUGCGCCAGAGCCCGGUUCUGGGCUCAGAAAGCGAAACGGCAUCCGGAUGUGAAAUGACGACCGUAAAGACGUCCGGUUGCGUCCAGGCGACACCGAUGAUGUCCUGCUCAAAAGUGCUUGAACAUAAAGCCGUGAUUGUCACAUGUACCUUCAGCACACCGAGUUCCUGUUUGUCAGAGGAGUGCUGAGGAACAUCACACACACUGAUCCGAUUAAGAGUGCAAAGAAAUGCACUUUCAUUAAUGAACUGUAAUUUACAGGCACAUCUACGGUUAUCGCCGGUGUCUCCUCACGCAUCACGGCAGGAACUACCAUGUUUUUAUCUUUCAACGGACAAAACCAAAUCUGCACUGGAGAAAUGUUUGUUUUUGUUGUUGUUUAUUUGUUUUUGUUUUGUUUUUUAAAUUCAGCUAAUUGUUAAGUUAAGCCCCUCCAUCAGAAUGAAGACAUUUAAUUUCUGUCACCAAUGGACGCUUUAAUGUCAUGUCCAUUGCUAUCGAUUGCAUUAAUAUCGGCAUCGCUAGUUUAGACAGAACCUAUUUUUUGUGCAUCCAAAGCUUCAGAAGUCUGGAAGAACAUUUUGGAUAAGAGCGCGAUGUGAUGUAUGAAGUGCAUGGAGACUCGCAAGAUGGUGCCGGUACAGCAUAACGACACCAGGAAACAACUCUCUAUUCAAGUGUGCUGCCAUUUUGUUCGAAAAAAUAAAUCAUACGACAGAAACGACAUCCAUUUCCUGUACGAGGUCGCGACCACAAAACCAAACAAAUUCCAGUAAACUCCUUGGAGCAGUCCUUUAACGGCUAUAACGACCUGUCUUUAGUUUCCCGUCCAACAAGUGUCUUGGUUUUAAUACAGUAUUUAAACACAUCUUAAAAUAAAGUCAUGACUAUAUUAUCAGAACUUGAAAGAUAAGCCACACCCACAAUCGACAGCAAGAGAUAAACCUGGAGACACAUUUACGACAGAACCAGCUACGUUUAUUCGGGACUGGGGUGACAAGAACAGUCCUCUACGUCACUGUGACCCGACUCAUUAGUAUUUUAUAAAUUUACGUAAAAAUAAAUCAAUAAAUACAUCGAAACUGUCCCUUGUCACAGUAGCUAGGAAAUGUGGCUUCAUAUGGAGGUCAAAAAGAGCAAUCUAAAAAUCCGAAAGUGAUUAUUGACACGCUCGAGGGUGUGCGACGGAGUGUUUCCGAAUGAAAUGCAAGAUGAAGUACACGAUGCAUAAUCAAUUUAUUAAAAAGCAUUCAGUCUCUCGAUUAAUUCACAUUUUCAGAUUCGCACACACAACGCAUUUCUCCAAGCACAUGGGCACGUUAAGAUAUUUUAGCGUAUAGAUCCAACUUUCUAACGGUUCUGAACUUACACAGGAAGUGAACUGUGUGAACGCAGGGUUACUACUUCCUGUUUACGGCCCCUUCCUUCACUUUACGUGUAUAUGAGAGUCUCAUACCGUUCAGAAAAUCUCUAUCUUUUUAAAACGUUAUCUGAGGGACAUCUUGUUUGAAAUGUCCUGAAAUACUUAACCGUGAAGUUUUCUAGAACACUUUGUCAGCAUCUGGUGCUGGACUCAGAGACGAAACCUGACAGACACUGUGCUACAUGUCUUAAUGUUCUUAUUCAGUGUCUUCUACUACUACUUCUUAUUAUUAUUACUGUUUUGCCUUUAACAUGAUCAUGUUCGUAUCGUGCACAAAUUCUUAUACAUGUGAAUUCUGUGAAUUGACAUACUUUUGAUAUACAAAAACGAUCCAUUUAUAGAGAUCGGACCAAUCCUACUGAUGGCGGUAGACAUGUUUCAGCGUCUGCUCUUUUUUAUAAUGUGAAUGUACAGUAUAAAGGUUUAUUCAUGGACGUGCUGUUAUGUUUACAGUAUGACGUUGGAUUUGCAUGACUUUAAUGACUUGUAAAACUAUGAAAACAAUGUGUUAUUGACAAUAAAAAUGGUUGGAAUAUUCUUUUAAAAAGCAUCGAUUUGGAAUU